CUUAAACCAUGUGCCCAACUGUCGGCCAAUCCACCCCCCUCGGGCGUCCGUCAGGAAUUCAACAAUGACGUCCGCCGUGACCCUAAUCCCAAACCUCGACUACCGUGCCAAUCCAUAUCGCCACGUCUGUCCCGAAGGGCGUCCGUUCCAUCCACGUCGGACUCUCGCGCAAUCAAUUCCACCGCGUCACGUUAGACUUCCCCCCAAGUUAUAUAAACAGAGAAGAACAGACCGCCACACGGCCGCCGUGUGAAAAAAAAAGCAAAGAAAAAAAAAAAGCGCAAUUAGUAUAAAGUUGGUGGGGAUCGCGUUGGAAAAGGCUAGAAUGCGCUCACAGUCAGCUGGCACCACCCCCGGUUCCGUCACCGCCGAUCGGAGGUUAAGUUGUUUGCGAAGGCACCUCGAUCCUAUUUCUUCCUCCUCCUCUUCUCCUUCAGCUGGUAUCAUGGAGUCCUCUCAGACGAUCUCCGCUUCUCCCACCUCGGCCUUCGACUCCGUCUUCGCUCACCUCGCUCAAGCUCCUGAGGAUCCCAUCCUCGGCGUCACUGUUGCAUUUAAUAAAGAUCCCAGCCCAAUAAAGUUGAAUUUGGGUGUUGGUGCUUAUAGAACAGAGGAAGGAAAACCUCUUGUUCUGAAUGUGGUGAGAAAAGCGGAGCAGCUCCUUGUUAAUGACAAGUCCCGUGUUAAGGAAUAUCUUCCUAUUGUUGGACUGGCAGAUUUCAAUAAAUUGAGUGCUAAGGUCAUAUUUGGAGCUGACAGCCCUGCUAUUCAGGAGAACAGGGUUACAACUGUUCAGUGCUUGUCUGGUACUGGCUCAUUGAGAGUUGGAGGUGAAUUUUUGGCAAGAAAUUAUCACCAGCGCGUGAUAUACAUUCCCCAGCCAACAUGGGGAAACCAUGCAAAAUUGUUUCCUCUAGCAGGGUUAUCUGUGAAAACCUAUCGCUAUUAUGAUCCACCGACACGUGGGCUCAAUUUCCAAGGCUUGUUAGAAGACCUUAGUUCUGCUCCAUCUGGAGCAAUUGUGCUGCUUCAUGCAUGUGCUCAUAACCCAACUGGUGUUGAUCCAACCCUUGAGCAGUGGGAGCAGAUCAGACAGUUGAUGAGAUCAAAAGCGUUGUUACCUUUCUUUGAUAGUGCUUACCAGGGUUUUGCAAGUGGAAGUUUGGAUGCAGAUGCACAAUCUGUCCGCAUGUUUGUUGCUGAUGGCGGUGAGUGCCUAGUAGCUCAGAGCUAUGCAAAGAACAUGGGGCUGUAUGGGGAACGUGUUGGUGCCCUUAGCAUUGUUUGCAAGAGUGCUGAUGUUGCUAUCAGAGUUGAGAGCCAGUUGAAACUUGUCGUCAGGCCCAUGUAUUCAAACCCACCCAUUCAUGGUGCUUCUAUUGUGGCUACCAUUCUCAAGGACAGGAAUAUGUUCGACGAAUGGACUGUUGAGUUGAAGGCAAUGGCUGACCGUAUAAUCAGCAUGCGCCAGCAGCUGUUUGAAGCUUUACGUGCUAGAGGCACACCUGGCGACUGGAGUCACAUCAUCAAGCAGAUUGGAAUGUUCACGUUCACAGGACUGAACUCAGAGCAAGUUGCAUUCAUGACCAGAGAGUACCAUAUUUACAUGACAUCUGAUGGGAGGAUCAGCAUGGCCGGGCUCAGCUCUAAGAGGGUCCCACACCUUGCUGAUGCCAUGCAUGCAGCCGUCACAGGUGCUGCCUAAAUAUUUCAUAAUAGUAAGCCUCUUCCAGCCUUAUUAAUGCUGGUGUCAGGAAAAUUUCUAUUAGUUUUGUAGUAAUAAUCCCCAUUGCAAUUAAUUGGGGCAGAAUUGAAAUGUAUGAUUCGGGUACUGAAGUUUCGGAUUUACAUUGGAGGAGUUUUGAACGUUUCAUCAAUGGCAUUUUUGUUGAAUA